CACCAAAAUGGCAAGCUCCGAUGAGGGUGAAAUCAGGGACCAGAGAGCUGGGGAUUUGAAGGCAACUUCACUGUCGCACGCGGAGAGAAACGGUGUUGACCGGCAAGACAGACAGCGGAAUAGAAAUUCCUCGCCCGACUUCGACACGGCCUCGCGAUACAGCAACUCUUCGAGACGGAGCCGCUCGCCGCGAGGAUACAAGCGGUCGCGCGACGAUAGGGAUCGCUUCCCGAAUGCCAGAGCCCGAGACCAAGACUCUCGACGUGAUCGCGGCGGUCGCAACGACUACAGGAGGGAGGAGCAGCAUAAGAGAUCGCGUAUAGCAUACGACGAUCUUGAUCGCCCUGCCCCGCGCGGUUCGAACCAGAGCUAUGACCACGACUGGCGCAGUCGCAGGGACCGAGAGCGCGAACGAAGUCGCGAACGGCAACGAUUUCAACGCGGUAGAGAUCGAUAUUCUGAGCGUUCGCCGCCUCGCCAUCGUCGAAGCCCCUCGCCUCGCCAGUACCAGCGCGGUGACAGGCGAGAUGGCCAGCAGUUCGUGAGAGACGGCUACUCUGACCGGCGCGAUUCAAGGGAAUUGCGGUAUGACGACGCCGAUGUGAGCGCUCGGGACAACAAUUCUGCAGCUAGGAAAGACUCCGUGGGAGAUGCCAACGAAGCAGUAAAAGAUGAUGCUAAAUCUCAUAAGGAUACCGCUCAAAACGGCGAUUCAGCUUCUGCGGCUACUACGAAUGAUGUUCAAAUGGAUGACUACGAGGAGCCUGAAGAAUUCGAUGAGGAAGCCGAGAUCGAGCGCCGCCGCAAGAGACGCGAGGAGCUCCUCGCAAAGUCCAGCUCUGCCACGCCACUCCUCCGUCACGCUGUCGGAGCUUCCACCUCCAAGGCAUUGUCGCCCGCCUCUUUCCAGUCGGACACGCCGCAAAUGUCCCAGCGAUCAGACAGCAAAAUGUCUCAGUCGCCGCGCUCAAGUUUCGAAUCGCCUCGCUCGCCCAUUUCUCAAGACGCACCACCAUCUCCCGGAGCCCUUGAUCUCUUUGAUGGCAAAGAUCUGGCCAAUGCUCACGCUGCAGCGAAAGUCAACGACGAAGACGGCCCCUCUGCUGCCGAGUAUGAUCCUACCGUCGAUAUGAUGGAGGAUGGACGUAGAGAUGAGCUGCGUCAUGGACAAGUUGUCAUCCACGGCGAGCCAGAACCUGCUGCGGCAAUUGAGCAGAACCCUGCCAAAGUAGUGCCCAGCCCGCCGCCGCAAAAGCCAUCCGCAGGCGAAGGAGAAGACGACGACGACUUCGACAUGUUUGCGGAUGACUUUGACGAGCAAAAGUACGCAAGCAAGGCCCAAGCCAAGGAGACGGCAGCGCCAGAUGAGGUAAACGAUGCGACAGAGGCCGUUGACAAAGGAGGCAUCCUCGAAGGCGACGAUAAAGACGGCUAUUACAAGAUCCGCAUUGGCGAAAUUCUCAACGGUCGUUAUCAAGUCCAGGCUACGCUCGGCAGGGGUAUGUUCUCAGGAGUCGCACGUGCGGUCGACAUCACUACCAAGCAGGUUGUCGCCAUCAAGAUGAUGCGAAACAACGAUGCCCUCCGCAAGGGAGGUUAUACGGAGAUUGCCAUUCUUCAGAAACUCAACGACGCGGAUCCCGAGAACAAAAAGCACAUCGUCAAGUUUGAGCGCUCCUUUGAUCACCGAGGCCAUCUUUGCAUGGCUUUUGAGAAUCUGAGCAUGAAUCUGCGUGAGGUUUUGCGCAAAUUCGGCAACAAUGUCGGCAUCAACCUGAAGGCGACAAGGGCGUAUGCAUAUCAGGCUUUUGUCGCUCUGGCUCACAUGCGCAAGUGCAGCAUCAUACAUGCUGAUUUGAAGCCCGACAAUAUCUUGGUCAAUGAAUCUCGAAACGUCCUCAAAAUCUGCGAUCUCGGAACGGCUAUUGACCGCUCUGAUGCUGCAACCGCACACACAGAAAUCACGCCCUAUCUUGUGAGCCGCUUCUACAGAGCCCCCGAGAUCAUCCUUGGCAUGCCGUAUGACUACGGUGUCGACAUGUGGUCUAUCGGCUGCACCCUGUACGAGCUCUACACGGGCAAGAUUCUGUUCACGGGAGACAGCAACAACCAGAUGCUCAAGGCCAUCAUGGAGGUUCGCGGCCGAAUUACUCCCAAGCUGUAUAAGCGCGGUCAGCUUUCCUCUGUCCACUUUGACGAGCAGGGGCAAUUCAUCAGCGUUGAGCGCGACAAGGUGCUUGGCAAGACGACACUGCGAACGCUCAACAUUAUCAAGCCGACGCGAGAUCUACGCACCCGGCUCCUUGCUGCCUCGAGCGGCAUGGACGACGCAGAAAGCAGGGAGCUCAACCACUUCAUUGACUUGCUGGAUCAUUGCCUGGCGCUGAAUCCCGACAAGAGAAUCAAGCCGGCAGACGCUCUUAAACAUCCAUUCUUCGUCAAUCGCUCUGGAGCUCCUCGGCGGUAGGGCCACCGGGUGUGAGCA